GUGUGUUGCCGAUACCGGCGCUACCACUCACAUGUUCGCGAACUCAGAUGGCUUCGUCCGAUAUCAGGAGUGUGAUCGACGUGUGCGCGUCGCCGCCGGAGAAACCUUCCCUGUUGUAGGGUACGGCGACGUAACGGUCACCCUUAGCUCGCGCGACGGGAUAACAGACCUGAUCUUGAAAUGGGUUGCAUACGUUACUCGAUCAGACGACAACCUAGUCUUUCUGACGUCCCUCUUCGACGACGGGUUCAAAACCAAAACCCUAGACAAACACGAGUUGGAGUUGGAGAAAGAGGUGGGGGAGUCGGUGUACUUCCCCCGAUGCGGUAACCUGUACGUCCAAAACGGUUUCCGCACACACACCGAACAUGCCUGUGCCGCAAUUGCUCCUGGCAACGCGAAAGCGCCCAGCACCCCCGUUGACAUCAACGAUUUCCACUGCGCGCACGGCCACUCCCACGAGGUGCUGCUGAGGACCACGGCGAAGCAGCAAGGGACGACGCUGGUGGGCGAGCUCCGGGAGUGCCUGGGGUGCUCGACGGCGAAGGGGCUUUCCAAGCCCAUCCCCAACAAAACGUCGACCCGAGCAGUUAAGAAACUGCAGCGAGUUUUCGUGGAUUUGAGUGGAAAAGCUAGGGUGCAGAGCUUGGGGGGAAAGUGCAUCAAGGUCCUUGAGGACAACCAGGGGGCCAUAGCGUUGGUGCAGAACCCCCUCAGCUCAGGUCGCACGAAACACAUCAAAGUGAGAUUUCAUUUCAUCCGCGAAUUGUUUAGGUCGGGGGAUAUUUCGGUCAAGUUCGUUCCGACAACGGAGCAACACGCGGACCUCCUAAUCAAGGCCCUUAGCAGGGCCAGUCUGCAGUACCACCGGCGCAAGUUGAUGAAUUUGCCGGAGUAGCUGUAGCAGUUUCUAGCACUUGGGAGAGGUCAUGUUUUCCAUGCGGGGAAAGGCGCAUAACUGUUGCGGUCUGUGUACCAAUGGCAGGAGUAGGGGGCGUUGGGAGACCAUCGUCCGGGGGAACGUAGUUCCUCGCGUUCUUGUCUUCGCCUUGGCCUUUCUAGUAAGUGCGGCCGUUGUGAUCCGCUGUGAUAGCGACGGUUUGUUUGGUGGUAGGUUUCUUUUCGAGGGGUUUUGCCG